AUGGACGCUGGCGGUGUGUACCGGGAGGGGCGGUUCCAGAAAAUGUGUCGGCCACCGGGCGGCAUCGAGUGCCCCCGGCGUCUUCUUUGGGCGCUACUGCUUCUUGUGGUACUCAGUGCCAGCGCAGCCGAGUCAGUGGACGCCAAUGUGACGGAACUGUCGCCACUGGCCGACCCUGCCGUCAUGUCCCACACUCGGUGCAACGGCACGGGAAACUACUUCAGAUGUUCGCCGCUUGAGUGCGUUCCAGUCAACCUGACCUGUGACGGUGUACCUCACUGCUCCAACAGCGCUGACGAGGCAGUGCCCCUCUGCGGCUGUCUGAGUAACGAAUUUUCGUGCGGCGACUCGUGUAUCGAUCUGCUGAAGCGCUGUGACACGUUUGACGACUGCUCUGACGCCAGAGACGAACAACAGUGCGAGCUGUACUCGUGUCCACACACGCACAUGACGUGCGCCAAUCACAAGUGCGUUCCUCAUGACGUCAUUUGUGACUUUGUCGACGACUGCGGUGACGGCAGUGACGAACUCCACUGCAAUCGUCGGAAGUGCUGGUUUGGAGAGUUCAAGUGCAACAGCGGCCAGUGCGUGCGACCGGCUGCCAUAUGUGACGGUAGACGUGACUGUCACGAUGGUUCUGACGAGGCAAACUGCACUGAAGCUGAUUUUGUCACGUGCGGUAAUGGUGGACGGGUGCACCGCGGUUACUGGUGCGACGGAUGGCCAGAGUGCGGCGACAACCAUGCCGACGAGGCACGCUGCGGCCCGUGCGGCACCCACCAGUUCCGGUGCCCCAACGGACGCUGUAUCCGCUCCUCCGCUGUCUGUGACGGGGUCUGUGACUGUGCUGGAUCCUGCGACGACGAGCACAGACCGGAGUGUCGCGACAAGUAUCACACCGUCAACGGUGUGGUCCAGUGUAACCGCCGUCGAACGUGGCCGUGCGUCUCGGGCCUGGGUGAGCUGCACUGCGUCGGGUCGGAGUACAUCUGCGACGGCUCCGUCGACUGCCCUGCCGACCAGAGAACGCACAUGUCUGACGAGCAAGGAUGCCGUGAGUAG